CAGAGCUGACAUGAACCAUUGAACCCCACACACCCUCGUCCUUGAUUUUUCAAUGUUUACACCUAGAGUAUCCCAAAUACCUAUAAAUUGCCAAAUUGGAAGUGAAGGGCUUUCUGGGUUCUUGACUUUGCAAAAGAGCCUCUGGAUUCUCUGAACCUAUCGCUCUCUCUCUCUCUCUCUCUGGUACGUCCAAUUUUGUUUUCGUCUUGCCAAGUCAUAGUAGAUACUAGAUAUUAUCAUUAGCAAGUCACUUACCUAGGGUUUAAUGUUGAGCGCGCCUUCGACUUUCUGGGGCUUCAAUUUUCUUUCAAAGCCAGGGUCUUUCUUCGAUUUUGUUCGUCACUUCUUAGUUCCCGAUACCUUGAUUGCAUUGAAUUAUUUGAUACGGCCUAUGGUUGGAAUCUUCCGUGCAGUUCAUUCGGUUUAAGGUUGUGAUGGUAAGCCUUUCCCUGCUUGUUAAGAAUCUGUUAUUUUUGGCUUGAUGAAGUGGUUUUUAGUGUUUUUGUCGACGAGAUUUCAUAUGGGUUGUGACUGGAAUGGUUGAAUUCGUCGUGUUCAUGUAGUUGGUUUCUAGGGUUUUGAAGUUGAUUGUGCAAAAGCCCAGCUGGGCAUCUUUUAGUAGUUUGAUUUCAGGACUUUGAAUCUGUCCAGCACCACAAUUUCCCAUCGGGGUGUUUGUUAAUUCCCGUCAAUAGGGAUAAUUGGGCUCAAAUUUUCAUCUUGGUCAACUUCAAAAUCAUAAAUUGGUUUUCCUUUCACUAGAUCUAGCAUUUCGUUUGGUGGCAGUUUGGAUAUCCUAAUGGAGGACGGGGAGCGUGAUUUCUCGAACCAUGAAGUGUUUUCAAGUCCGAACAUGGGGGAUUUUCCGGGCAGUUGCUCAAUGGAUAGUUUCUUUGAUGAACUUCUCAAUGACACUCAUGCUUGCACUCACACCCACACUUGUAACCCAUCCGGCCCUGAUUCUUCACAUACGCAUACCUGUUUUCAUGUGCACACUCAAAUUGUGCCUGUCCCAUCUGAGGACAAGGUUUCCACAGAUGAUACUGCAGAGUCCACUGAAAAGAAAGGCAAGAAACGCCCCUUAGGCAAUCGGGAAGCAGUUCGCAAGUACCGUGAGAAGAAGAAGGCCCGAGCUGCAUCAUUGGAGGAUGAAGUUGUGAGAUUGAGGGCUUUGAAUCAGCAGUUGUUGAAGAGGUUGCAGGGUCAAGCUGCAUUGGAGACGGAGAUUGGGAGGCUGAAGUGUUUGCUUGUGGACAUUCGAGGAAGGAUUGAAGGGGAGAUUGGAUCAUUUCCAUAUCAGAAAUCAGCCAAUCCAAACUUGCCUCAUGCGAACAUGCCAAGCGCAUAUGUGAUGAACCCGUGUAACAUGCAGUGUGGUGAUCAGGUCUAUUGUCAGAAUCCAGUUAUGGUUGGCAAAAGUGGUGAAGACACAUCAUUAAACGAACAAGGUUUUAGUGGCUGUGAAUUUGAGAAUCUUCAGUGUUUGGUGAAUCAGAAUUCGGUAUCCAAGGAGCUUCUUGGUUGUGGUGUUGGGGAUGUAGCAUCUGAUGUCAAUUCUUUCGGAGGGGCUCGUGCAGCAAAAGCAAGUUGAAGAGCUGAUUACUUGGCAGCGUCUUUAUCAAGGACAUAUAGGAUGUUCCAAAUAAGUAGUUUUGUUGAACUGCAGCAUCAGCUUUCCCUCCGGUCUUUAUGUGGUUAGUUAUUUCAUAUUUUUUAUGGUGUUUUGGCCAAUUCAUGAAGUUUAUUCUACUGUAAUGUUUGAUAAAGCAGAAAGCUUAGUUGAUGUGUAUCAGUGGAACUUAUGGUUGAGGCCAAGUUUGUGGUUUUCUAUGAAGUCGAAUGCCUUUAAUCUCAGUCUUCGUAUUCUAUAUGAAACCUCUCCCUUCUCCAUUAUUC